UUUAACUGUCACAAUGUAUCUGAGAGCUCAGCUUCCUUCCAGAAGAACAGUUCUGUCUGUCACCAGGAAGCGCAAAUAUUCCAGCUACCUCACCGUCCAAAAGCCAACAGAGGAAGAGAAUUACCUGAAGAAACUGGAAUUUAUGGAAGUUCACAAGACAAAGGAUGGGACCAUGACUGAUGUGCCGUUGACAUUUUGGGGCGUGCAGGAGAAUCUCAUGUAUCACAUCCAUCAAGGGGAUGGCAUAGAGAUCUGCUCAGAUUUUCUAGCUGGGAAUUGUGAUAAAGGUGCAAAGUGCCUUCAGCAUCAUACCAUACUGCCUUACGCCUGGCAGCUGCAGGAAAGGAGCACGGGCGCGUGGCACACUGUUGGAGGAUGGGGUCAAGAAAUCCUAGAGAGGCUGUUUUGUGACCCCAAUAUAAAAAGGGUUUGCUCAAAGCCUGAGGGCCAGCCACCUAUGAAUAUAUGUUUUAACACCAUGGAUGUGAAAUCAAAGGGGCCGUAUUAUUGCAUUCGACGUCUCUCCACCUCUUUGUGUCCUACCAUGCCUUUUAACACCCGUGUCAAGUAUUACUAUGGAAAUCAUUGCCGCUGGACGGAAUAUAGUCAGGAGAUUUCCAAAUGUAUAGAGGAAGGUUUGUCUAAGGGACACAAACAAGUCCUGUGCAGUAGCCCAGUGUUCAGGUACCUUCUGGAUCUCCAAGAGUUCUCUGAGACAAAUAUUGAUACUGGAACUAAAAGAACCAUACGAAUCCGGCCUGUGUUCAGAUCCCCAUGCAUGAUGUCUGAGCUUUGGAUGAUGCCCAGUGUGUGCCCGGUUAGUAGCUCAUGCUCUUUGGAUCAUGUAGAAUCAUGCAGGAAUCCUCGGAUUUGGUUUGUUAAUGAUCCUUUCUAUGAGAAGGUUUCCCUGUCAUUUAAGGACAUGGAAUUUGUACGUGUCUACAACUAUUUCCACAAGACCAUGUCAGAGUCUCAGUACAUGAUCCUAGACAUCUGUAGAAUCCAGAAUUAUUUUCAGAUGGAGAAAUAUGCAAGGAAGAAGGAUUAUAUGUCUCGAAUCCUGUCCGAAACAGAAAAGAACAAUUUGGAGCGCUAUCUUUUCUACAGUGCGCACUACGCUUUGGUGGAGAAUAUUUGUAGACAGAACUUUGAUCCGCGUGUGAUGGGUAAACACCCACUUCGGUAUGGGGAAGGAUGCUACUUCUUUAAGAGCUCUAGAUAUGCCCAUAACUUUAUCCAUGCUUCACCCUGUGGUCAUUAUUUUAUGUUUCUAGCCAAGGUCUUGGUAGGAUGUCCAACUGUGGGUUAUCCCUCUCUGCGUCGUCCCCCACCACUAAAUCCUGAAGACACAGCCAGCCUUCUCUAUGAUUCCUGUGUCUCGAGGUUAAAAGAUCCUGGCAUCUUUGUACUUUUUGAUGAUGACCAGUUUUACCCAUACUUCCUCAUAAGGUACUGUAAGAUAAGAAAGGCAAACAUUUGGACGGAGACCUUGUAUAAACAAGCUAGUUCAUAGAAAAAAUGCUUAACCCAGACUGAAAAAGAAAUGCACUUUAAAUACUGUGGUUUUAACGUUGAUACUUGAGCCUCAUUCUACUUUCAGUUUCAAAUUGAGAUUGUAUAACCUUGCAUCGGUGUAAAACUAUCUAAUUGUAGUCUAUUACAGUGUUGUUAUUGUACAGCUGUGUUAAUGUUCAGUUGGUCAUUUUUUAGGAACUUUUAUUUAAUAUUGAUGAAAAGGAGAUUCAUGUGAACUCAAAGUUAACCUUUGUAUACCUUUAUAAAAUUCACAUUAAACAGUUCACAAACUAUAUUUAAUUGAAGCAAGUAUUGAAGCCAUUACAAUAAAAUGAAACGACUUGUAAAAUUAGGUGUUGUCAUGUAAUACGUUGUAACGCAUGUUAUAUUUAAUACACACACACAAUAAAUUUGUUAGAUAUACA